AUGGCCCAGGAUGACAAGCUGUUUUCUUCCACUGGCAAUGAAAUCUUUGGUUCUGGUGACCAGAACCCUUCUGCUCCUGGUGAUGAGCCUUUUGGUCCUGGUGACCAGAACUCUUUCAGUCCUGGUGACCAGAACCCUUCCACUCCUGGUGAUGAGCUAUUUGCUCCUGCUCACAAUGACCUCCAUGCUCCCAGCAACCUUCCUGCUCCUGGUGACAAUGAGGUGUUUACUUCCACUGAUGAUGAACCUUUUGGUCCUGGUGACAAUGAGCUUUUCCCUCCUGCUCAUGACAACCAUCCUCCUGCUUGUGACAACCAUCCUCCUACUCCCAAUGACCCUCCUGCUCCCAACAAUCUUCCUGCCUGUGACAUCCCUCCUGCUGAUAAUGAAAUUCAGAUUGAUAUUGGGCCUAGAAUGAGGCCUAAUAUUGAUAUUGACCAGCUCAUCUGGAGUGCAGCACUGCCGAAAAUGCAGGAAACCAUGGAGUUUGUGCACCUACUCAGGAAUGCCUCACUGGAAGAUCUGAUUGCAAAGCUGGGUGAGGAUGUCCCAGACACUUUGAACACUGUUUUGAUCCCCACCUUGUACACUUUUGAUGCUGUGUUCAUCAUGUUCUCCCAGUUUUAUUUCAUAUUUUCAUUGCUUUCAGUAGUGUGUUAG